UCAUGGCGCCUUCCCGAUAUUGUGAUAUGACUGCGAUGCAUUGAAAAAUUCCGGCAAUUGCACAAAAAUUGCGAUCAAGCUCAAAAUUGAAAAGUAAGAAUAAUAUCACUCCCAAUCCAUCGCGCACACCGUAAGAUUACGUAACAGACAUUUUAACAGCUGUAAAAUGCCGGUGGUACCUGGAGGGGCUUAUCAACAAGGGCCGACUUGUUUCGAUAGAAUGAAAUUAGGUUUUACAAUUGGAUUUUGCGUAGGAAUGGCCUCCGGUGCGCUCUUUGGAGGAUUUUCUGCUCUUAGAUAUGGAAUGAGAGGAAGAGAAUUGUUGAAUAACGUUGGCAAAGUAAUGCUUCAAGGUGGCGGUACAUUUGGUACAUUCAUGGCUAUUGGAACAGGGAUACGAUGCUAGUACACGGAUCAGUGUGGAUGGAGCUACGUUAUCGAGUAUCUUGCAGCCUAUCUUUUUCGUUGUAAUUGUAUUGUAAGCG